AUUUUCUUGGGGGAAAAACGAUCAUGGCCAACUGGGUGUAGGUGAUUUUGUUGGCCAUGCUUCCCCAAAGUUGAUGAAGUUGUCUACAGAAGAUCCAGUUGCUCAUAUUUCAGCAGGUGAUAACCAUAGUGCAAUUUUAACAAGGAAAGGAGAAAUGCUGACUUUUGGACUUAAUUCCAGUGGACAAUUAGGCCACGGUGACUCGAAUAAUACAUCGGUUCCAAAACCAGUUGAAGAAUUCAAAGGCAGCGUCGUUACUCAGAUUGCAUGCGGUAAUAAUAACACUGUCGCGUUUGUUCCUGGUUGUGGACAGGUUUUUACCUUUGGAAACUGUGAACAUGGUCAGCUUGGUCUUGGAAAAUUGGUUGAGAAAGUUCAAACUCCUGAAAUUGUUAACGGUUCUUGGUCAUCGAAACAUGAAGAAGCUACUGUCUCUGUUUUCAGAAUAUGUUCUGCAGGCAAUCAAACCUACAUCUUGACUUCAAAUAUACCUGAUUCAUCACCAUCAGAUUUCAGGGCCAUUGGUGAUGAAGUUGGUGUUGUAAAAUUUGAAAAAGUAUUUUGCAGCACCCUUGAAAAUGUGGAAGAUGAAACCGAUAUUAUUUCAGUGAUAAAUUCAAAAAGUUGUUGGAAUAGUUCAUUUGCUGACCUCAAUCAAGUGACCAAUCACUAUCACCAUGGGGUCCACCUUGAUCAAGCAAGUGAAGUGUUGAAGCUGAUGUGUGGAUGUAAGUUCUCAGAAACUAUUAUGAAGUACCUCUUUGAGAUGCUGCGGAGCUUGGAUACGGAUCCACCUGAUUUGGAUGCUAUCAGACUGUAUAUUACUUUGCCAAUGGUAUUUGAGCAUAUGGAGGACUCGGUUCAGAAGUUAGAAAUGAUCCGUUUCUUCUUCAUUAAACUGUCACAUAUGGAAAAAGUUGUCUGGAAAGUUUUGGAAAGAUGGCAUAAGUCAUCAGAAGUGGCCUUUGUCAAUAUUGUACAUUUAGGCAAAGCAUUGAUGCUUGAUAACUUAGGAUAUCUUUUUCUCACUGGUGGAGAUGCCGGGCUGAGAUGCCAAAAUGUUAUGAAAAUACUAAACAGCCAUAAUGAAAUAUCUAAAAUCACUAGUUAUAAAGCAUUUCACCUUUCUUUAACCGAACAAUUCAUAAAAAGUAACCUGGAAGUUGUCCGUAUUUUACUUCUGAAAUACCCCUUUCUUGGUGAUGCGAAGUCUAAAGCUACUCUACUUCUGUUGGAUGCAAAAAACAGGAAGAAUAAAGCAAAUUUUCAAGAAAGAAUAGAUAUCAUGUUUGGUCAAUUUCUACCUUUUUUGGGUUUACCUCCCAAAAUACGUAUAUCUGUUAACAGGUCAUCACUCGUCGCUGACUCUGUGCAACAGUUGCAAAAUGUUGAAAAUUUGAGCCGGCCAUUUUAUGUUCAGUUUCAGGGCGAAGAGGGAAUAGAUGAUGGAGCAAUAAAUAAGGAAUAUUUCAUGCUUAUUAUGCCGGAACUGUUGACCAAUUAUGAAUUGUUUUCUGAGAAUGAUGAUUCAAAUUACUUGUGGUUUUCUACUUCUUACAUUGAUGCAAAGGAACCAUUAUACAAUCUUGUGGGAAAGCUGUGUGGCAUUGCUCUGUGUAACAACACUGUUGUAAAUGCAAAUUUCCCACUUGUCUUGUAUAAAAAGUUAUUAGGACAGGAGCCAGACCUUGAUGACUUCAAGGAAUUUGAACCAACAUUUGGCAAUAGCUUACAACAAAUACUUGAUUUUGAAGAACAAGAGGACCAAACAGUUGAAGAAGUUUUUGAACUUACCUUCGUGUCAUCUAAGGGUGUUCCAUUGAAACCCAAUGGACAUGAAAUACCUGUUACAUCUGUAAAUAGAGAUGAAUAUGUACGACUCUGUGUGAACUAUGUUGUGAAUAAAUCUGUUGAAAAGCAGUUUAGCUCAUUUCAAAACGGUUUUUCUAAAGCUUGCUCUGGUGAAAUUUUUGAUAUUUUCAGACCAGAAGAGCUCAUGGAAAUGGUAGUUGGUAAACAAGAUUUUAGUUGGGAAGAAGUGAAAGCGUCCAUGGGAUGGAUGCUUCUUCAGUUUCAGAUGAAUUUAGUGAAGUAUAUAUAUGCAACAAAAGUAAAUGAUAGACAGCAUGCUGGCAUGUGGAAAUGGUGCGUUGGUGGAUUCCCUCGUCGGAAACAAGAUGUAACGUCAUUGGAAAAACUUUCAAUAGCAGGUGAUGGUAUCAAGAAUGUUGCUCUCACAGGUGACAAUGCUUACAUUCUCUACCAUGAUGGAACAAUUAGGGCCUAUGUUGCGGAGAAAGAUACACAUGCAGAUAACGAAUUACUUAAUGUUAUAAAAGAUAUAAAAAUUCUGAAUAUCCAUGCUGGUGUACAUGGCCAAGUGUUCGUGAUUGAUGAAAAUGGAAAGGCUUAUGCAUGGGUUGUAAUGAUCACGGACAGCUAG